CAUUUUCAAUAAGCCGCCAUAUUGGGAAGCCAAACCCUCUUUCUUUCGGUUAAGAAAAGAUAGAAUACACUAUCAGGAUUGUUUUGGGAAAUACUGAUUGUUGCUCGGCGACUCAGUCUAAAUUCGAUCGCUUGCACAAGUGUUAUCUUGGUUUGGCUUUGUUUCUGUCUUUCGUACGGGUUAUUUAGCCACUCUGCUACAAUGGCGACCGCGGCUGCAACUCCUACCGGCCAGAAAAGCACGUGCGGCAGCAGCACACCAUUGAGCCCGACCAGGAUAAGCAGACUGCAGGAGAAGCAGCAGCUCAGGGACCUCAACGACCGCCUGGCUGUCUACAUUGAUAAAGUUCGUAGUUUGGAGUCCGAAAACGACAUACUCCACCUUCAAAUUAGCGAGAAGGAGGAGGUGAGGAGCCGCGAAGUAACCGGGCUGAAAUCAUUGUAUGAGACCGAGCUAGCCGACGCCAGAAGGUCUUUGGAUGACUCCUCCAAGGAAAGGGCCUGGCUGCAGAUUGAGCUGGGACAGAUCAAAUCCGAGCAUGAGCAGCUUCUGCAGAACUACAAUAAAAAAGAUAAUGAGGCAGCAGGUGCCCAGGCCAGGCUGAAGGAGUUGGAGGCUCAGCUGAACUCAAAGGAGGCCCUGCUAGCUACUGCACUAUCUGAAAAGAGGGGCUUGGAGGCCACUCUGGCAGACCUGCAAGAACAGCUGCAGGAGCUGGAUACAAGUCUGGCUCAGACCAAGAAGCACCUUGGAGAGGAGAUGCUUCUGCGUGUUGACUUGGAAAACCGCUGCCAGAGUCUAACCGAGGAAAACGACUUCCGUAAGAGCAUGCACGAGGAAGAAGUGAAGGAGGCCCGAGAGCGGUACGAAACCCGACUGGUGGAGGUGGACUCUGGACGGAAGGAAGAGUAUGAAUAUAAACUGAUUCAGGCCCUGGCUGAGAUGAGGGCUCAGAACGAGGAGCAGAUCAAGAUCUACAAAGACAACAUGGCGAGCACCUACGUGGCCAAACUAGAAGACCUGCAGCGUUUAUCAGAGAUGAACGGAGCAUCUGCCAACUCGGCCCGAGAGGAGAUCAGAGAGUCUGCCAUGAGGAUAGAGAGCCUCACUGCCCAGCUGUCCGGACUGCAGAAGGAGACUCGUGGUUGGCGUGAUCGUAUAGAUGAGCUGGAGGCAGCACUGGUGAAGGAAAAAGACAUGAGCCGCAAGCUUCUGGCAGAGAAAGACCGUGAGGUGGCUGAGAUCCAAGCCAAGAUGCAUGAACAGCUGAAUGAGUAUGAACAGCUGCUUGAUGUUAAACUGGCUCUGGACAUGGAGAUCAAUGCCUACCGCAAACUUCUGGAGGGAGAAGAAGAAAGACUGAAGCUGUCUCCCAGUCCUUCAUCUCGAGUUACAGUGUCUCGAGCCUCAUCCAGCAGUCGCAGUGUGCAAACCACUCGGGGAAAGAGGAAGCGCAUUGAUGUGGAGGAACAGGAAGCCAGCAGCUCAGUGUCCAUCUCUCACUCUGCUUCAGCCACAGGAUCCAUUUCCAUUGAAGAGAUUGACACCGAUGGCAAGUUCAUCUGCCUCCACAACAGUGGACAGGAGGAUCAGGCCAUGGUGGGCUAUGAGAUGGUAAAGACCAUUGGAAAUGCUGAGGCCACCUACAAGUUCACUCCCAAAUUUGUCCUGAAGGCUGGGCAGAAAGUCACGGUCUGGGCAUCUGAUGCUGGUGUGAGCUCCAAACCUCCCACAGACCUGGUGUGGAAGAACCAGUCAUCCUGGGGUUCAGGGGAAGACGUCCAUGUGGCACUGAUCAACCCCCAAGGAGAGGAAGUGGCAAAGAGAACCACUACAUACAAGACUGUAGUAGAAGAGCAGGAUGAAGAUGAUGACGACAAUGGAGUAGAAGCCAUUGAGGAGGACCUCUUCCACCAACAGGGAGACCCUCGCGUUGCCAAGAGAGGCUGCUCCAUCAUGUGAUCUAACAGCACCAACCAGCCACCACCUCCUCCUCCUCUUCCUCUUCCAGUGAGCCCAGCCAGUCUGCUGCCAACUGUAAUACUAGAACUAUUUUUCUAUCUUUUGUAGUGUAUUUCAGCAAAAUGUAUGACUUUAUUUUAUCUCUUUGUUUGUCAUGAAAUGCAAAACUGCUUUUUGUAGAUGAUUUCAUCUGGGAAAACCAAAACAACAUGGUUAUUGAACAAAAUAUGUAUUUGUAGUUCAGAACCUUUUCUUUCUUGAAACCAAGCAACACGGAACUAAACUCAAGGAUGGGCUGUGAAAACAAUGAGUCAUGUACUGUGUUUUUUUUAUUUUAUUUUAAUUUUGUAUAUCAUUUUAUUAUUAAUGUUAUUGAUGCUAUUAUUUUAGGCAUUUAAAGCCACAACAAAAGCAACAAUAUGCCAGUGAUCCCUGUAGAUCAGCUGGUCUAGGUCAGUGUGUCAGUUAUCUAAAACCUACUGUAUGAUUUUUAAAUAAAAAUAAAAAAAAAUAAAAAAAAAAUAUAAGCAAAGCAGUACACUAGAAUCUCUUUGGUAACAAGAGUUGGUGUAAUAAGUUACUUCUUCCAGCUUUCUGGACCUUGACUGGACACAAUGUCAGAAUGACAGCAUGGUAUAUGCUGUUCAGUGGCAUUGGUCUAAUAGACUAAAGAAAAAACAACAUACAAGCAAUGUAUGAUGGAAUUUAGAAUGUAGUGAUAUGACAGAUUGUUAAAUUUGUUGCAUAAUCUUAAAUCCCCUCUUAAGUGUAGGAUUGAAAUUAAAAUUGACUUUGGUGACUCCUGGUGGUAGUAUCUACCGUUUAGUAAUCAGACCUUACAGACACUACAAAAAUGAACUGACAGUGAUGGCACGGGCCAGUUUCCAACAGGAAGUCUGCAUUUUCUGUGGCUUGAAAUCAUUUAACAGAUUUUCUAAUCACUUUCUUACACAGAGUUCUUUAAUGUGAUAUCAUGCAGCACCCACACGUUUCUCUUUGCUGACUUAGAAUAAGCGUUGCACCACUAAUUAAGAAGUGUUGAUUGUAUUCUUAACCUUUUGACAUUUUUGAAGUGUUUGAAGUACCUUUUGUGCUGUGUGUUACUAUGCAUGCUAUUGAGUCUGUAAUCUUCAUAGUUGGAUUAAAUGUUUUCUUGUAUUUUA